UUAAAUAUGUGUAUGUAUUUCUUUAGAUGGAUUUACCAUCUUCAUCAAGUAUGAAUCCUGCUAGAAAAGUGUUAGAUGGAGUAACUUACCUUUCUGAAACAGUUGCUAGUGUAAGUUAUGAACCAUCCCGCUUGUUAUCUUCUUGGGUUGCUGAUCAAUUUGCGCCUAAAUACUGGAAGCCAAAUGCUGAAAUAAAGGAAUGUAUUGUCUGUAAAUUACAAUUUUCUUCAACAUCGAUAAAACAUCAUUGUCGAGCGUGUGGAGAAGGAGUUUGUGACGAAUGUUCUAAACGGACAUUGUGUGUUCCUGAAAGAGGAUGGGAUACACCUGUUCGUGUGUGCAAUUUUUGUUAUAAACGAUCUGGAAGCAUAAGUAGUAAUUGUUCAGAUUCGUCUAGUCGAGGUGACGAAAGUGAAGUAGGGGCUCGUAAGUUUAGUGAAGCUGUAGUUCAAACAUUAUCUUCUGUGGCUUCUGUUCUAGAAUAUCCAAAAAAUCUUAUUAAAGAUACAGCAAGACCAUCUUAUUGGGUACCUGAUAGUGAGGCAUUGGAAUGUUAUAUAUGUAAAUCAGAAUUCGGAUCAACUUUAAUAUUACAUCAUUGUCGAGAUUGUGGCCAUGGAAUUUGUUCCAGUUGUUCCAACCAUCGGAAACCAGUCCCCCACCGAGGUUGGCCUAACCCUGUUCGAGUUUGUGAUUUAUGUUCUAAUCAAGACACAUAAAUAAAUUUCAUUUUUUUUCAAUAACUUAAAUAAUAUUUUUUUAAUACUUUUAUUUGAUUGAAUAAUGAGCAUGUUUUGGUAUUCCAAUCUUGAUAGCGACUUAACAAAUUGAUAAUUUGAAAUACUAAUUGCUAGUGAAUUAUUAUUAUUCCUUAUGAAUUGUUCAUUUUUUCAUUGCCAAAAAUACAUAAACAAAUUACUGUGAUAGGUAUGAUUUAAGCUAGUCCUAAGUGGUUUCCUUGAUUUCUUGGUGGUUCUAUUAGGUUUACUUAUUGUUAUGAUAGCUCUAUUAUAAAUAAUUAGUAUUGACUACCAUAWUAUAUAUUGUUUGUUUUAUUUUAUUAAAUUUUCUUUUAUUGACCAAUUGACCAAUUUUUACAUUUUAUUAAAUUCUAUAAGUCUGUGUUCAACAAAGUUGUAAUUACUUAGAUAAUUAGUUAUGUAUAUU